AUGCCGAAUUUUGUGAAAGAGUUCUGGGGUCGACUCAUGUGGAAAUGUCAUUGUCUAGUAGGUGGAAAAUUCUCAAUACAGAGUAGGGAAAAUGGAGAGAUGCCUUGGCAAAAGCGGGGGACAACCAUAGAAGCGGGGAAAAUCUUAAUUAUGCAAGUACAAAUGUGGUUUGGUGUUAUAGGCCAAGGCAAAAAAGUUUUCAACCAUGACCAAUGUUGGGAGGUGGUGAAGAAUUGUCAAAGAUUCCAAAUUAUUCCAACGGGUCCAACCGUUGUGUUGACCGAGACGCCACUCCACAAUUCACCGGCAUCAUAUUCCCUUAUAGAUUCCCCGAUGUGUCAAGACUCACCCAUCGAAAAGGAGCUGAGGCCUAUUGGGAGAAAGGCGGCGAAGGCGAAGAGAGGGAGUAAUUCUAGCAAUAAUAUAUCUAAAUUUUUGGAGGAAAUUGCAAGGCAACGCGCCAUGAGAAUUGAAAUAGACUUGAAAGCCCAAGAAGACGAGAGGGCAAUUCAAGUAGAAUAUGCAAAAGAAAGGGAAUAUGCAUACCAAGAAAGGGAGUAUGCAAGCGAAGAAAAUAUUGAGAAGAAUGAUCGGGAAACCAUGGCCAUGAAUACAAGCCAUAUGUCUCUUGAAACAAAACAAUUUUGGAAGCUAGAAUGA